AUGAAACAUGCUCAGCACCUGCCUGAAGAUGGGGAUGGACCUCCGGCGAAAAACGCAAAGAUAGAAAACUCAGAAGUUGGAAGUUUGAACAAAAAAGUUACUCAAAACAAAAUGGAACUUACAAGUCUGGGUAUUUCCAGGAUAAUUCCGAUUCUUAGUGAUGAAGUUCGCGGCGAAACCGUACCAUUGGCAGAGUUCUACACCAUUCAGUUCUUGGACAAGCAGAAAAUCAGUCCAUUUCUGAAAAAGGUCCCAUUAGUAUGUGAAGGAUUCGAUCAUCUGAAACGAGUGGAUAAAACUGGUCGUGUACUUUUGCAACCCGCCACAAAUCCGCUCUCAGAGAAACAUCUCAUGGUUUUGCAACAACUCGAAAUUGGAGAAUCUCAGGUACAGGUCAUGUUAGUACCAGCAUCAAGGCCUCUUACUGCACGACAGUUUGACUGGGCAAAAGAGUAUUGGCCCACAUCUUUCCAUCCGGAUAAGGAGCUCGAAAGUUUGCUCGAUGGCACGUUUUUCUCCGAUGAAGAAAAAACAUCAGUGUACCGCUGGAGUGAGCAUGCACUCGAAGUGGGAUGUAUUGUCGUACAGAAUGGUGUUUGUAGCGUAAGCAGGGUCCGUACUCGGAACGCCUUCUCGGACACGGCUGUUCUCAUGGGAUAG